AUGACCGCUCCCUGGCGGCGCCUCCGGAGUCUGGUUUGGGAAUACUGGGCCGGGCUCCUCGUGUGCGCCUUCUGGAUCCCGGACUCGCGCGGGAUGCCUCACGUCAUCCGGAUCGGAGGAAUCUUUGAGUAUGCAGAUGGCCCCAACGCCCAGGUCAUGAAUGCUGAGGAACAUGCUUUUCGAUUUUCUGCCAACAUCAUCAACAGGAACAGGACUCUGCUGCCCAACACAACCUUGACCUAUGACAUCCAGAGGAUUCACUUUCAUGACAGCUUCGAGGCCACCAAGAAGGCCUGUGACCAGCUGGCCCUGGGCGUGGUGGCGAUCUUCGGGCCGUCACAGGGCUCCUGCACCAACGCCGUCCAGUCCAUCUGCAAUGCCCUGGAGGUGCCCCACAUCCAGCUGCGCUGGAAACACCACCCACUGGACAACAAGGACACCUUCUAUGUGAACCUCUACCCUGACUACGCCUCCCUCAGUCACGCCAUCCUCGACCUGGUCCAGUACCUCAAGUGGCGAUCGGCCACUGUGGUCUAUGACGACAGUACAGGACUCAUCCGACUGCAGGAGCUCAUCAUGGCCCCGUCGAGGUACAACAUCCGCCUAAAGAUCCGACAGCUCCCCCUUGACUCCGACGACUCACGCCCCCUGCUCAAAGAGAUGAAGCGGGGCCGGGAAUUCCGCAUCAUCUUCGACUGUAGCCACACCAUGGCCGCCCAGAUCCUCAAGCAGGCCAUGGCCAUGGGCAUGAUGACCGAAUACUACCACUUCAUCUUCACCACGCUGGAUCUGUAUGCGUUAGACCUGGAGCCCUACCGCUACUCAGGGGUGAACCUGACGGGGUUCCGGAUCCUCAACGUGGACAACCCGCAUGUGUCAGCCAUCGUAGAGAAGUGGUCCAUGGAGCGGCUGCAGGCGGCUCCCCGGGCAGAGUCCGGCCUGUUGGAUGGCGUGAUGAUGACUGACGCGGCCUUACUGUACGACGCCGUCCACAUCGUGUCCGUGUGCUACCAGAGGGCCCCGCAGAUGACCGUGAAUUCCCUGCAGUGCCAUCGGCACAAGGCUUGGCGCUUUGGCGGCCGCUUCAUGAACUUCAUCAAGGAGGCUCAAUGGGAAGGAUUAACUGGACGGAUUGUUUUCAACAAAACUAGUGGCUUACGGACAGAUUUCGAUCUGGACAUCAUCAGCCUGAAGGAGGACGGCCUGGAGAAGGUUGGCGUGUGGAGUCCUGCGGAGGGGCUCAACAUCACGGAGGUCGCCAAAGGCCGAGGCCCUAAUGUCACUGACUCUCUAACAAACAGGUCGCUCAUCGUCACCACUGUGCUGGAAGAGCCCUUUGUCAUGUUCCGGAAGUCCGACAGGACCCUGUUUGGGAAUGACCGCUUUGAGGGCUACUGCAUCGACCUGCUCAAGGAGCUGGCCCACAUCCUAGGCUUCUCCUACGAGAUCCGGCUGGUGGAGGACGGCAAGUACGGGGCGCAGGACGACAAGGGCCAGUGGAACGGCAUGAUCAAGGAGCUCAUCGACCAUAAGGCAGAUCUGGCCGUGGCCCCCCUGACCAUCACCCAUGUCCGCGAGAAGGCCAUCGACUUCUCCAAGCCCUUCAUGACACUCGGUGUGAGCAUCCUGUAUCGAAAGCCCAAUGGCACCAACCCCAGUGUCUUCUCCUUCCUCAACCCCCUGUCCCCAGACAUCUGGAUGUACGUACUCCUCGCUUACCUGGGGGUCAGCUGUGUCCUCUUUGUCAUUGCCAGGUUCAGCCCUUACGAGUGGUAUGACGCUCAUCCUUGCAAUCCGGGCUCCGAGGUGGUGGAAAACAACUUCACUCUGCUAAACAGCUUCUGGUUCGGGAUGGGGUCCUUGAUGCAGCAAGGGUCUGAACUGAUGCCCAAAGCUCUGUCCACACGCAUCAUCGGGGGUAUCUGGUGGUUCUUCACGCUCAUCAUCAUCUCCUCGUACACGGCCAACCUGGCUGCCUUUCUGACCGUGGAGCGCAUGGAAUCGCCCAUCGACUCUGCUGAUGACUUGGCCAAGCAAACCAAAAUCGAGUACGGGGCUGUCAAGGACGGGGCCACUAUGACCUUCUUCAAGAAAUCCAAGAUCUCCACCUUUGAGAAAAUGUGGGCCUUCAUGAGCAGCAAGCCAUCAGCGCUGGUGAAGAACAACGAGGAGGGCAUCCAGAGGACCCUAACGGCAGACUAUGCACUGCUCAUGGAGUCCACGACCAUCGAGUAUGUCACCCAGAGGAACUGCAACCUUACCCAGAUUGGGGGCCUCAUUGACUCCAAGGGCUACGGCAUUGGCACGCCCAUGGGCUCCCCGUACCGGGACAAGAUCACCAUCGCCAUCCUGCAGCUGCAGGAGGAGGACAAGCUGCACAUCAUGAAGGAGAAGUGGUGGAGAGGCAGUGGGUGUCCCGAGGAGGAGAACAAAGAGGCCAGCGCCCUGGGUAUCCAGAAGAUCGGGGGCAUCUUCAUCGUCCUGGCCGCCGGGCUGGUCUUGUCCGUGCUGGUGGCUGUGGGCGAGUUUGUGUACAAGCUCCGCAAAACAGCAGAGCGAGAGCAGCGUUCCUUCUGCAGCACCGUAGCCGAUGAGAUCCGUUUCUCCCUUACCUGCCAGCGUCGGGUCAAGCACAAGCCGCAGCCUCCCAUGAUGGUCAAGACUGACGCUGUCAUCAACAUGCACACGUUCAACGACCGCCGGCUUCCAGGCAAGGACAGCAUGGCCUGCAGCACAUCAUUGGCCCCCGUAUUCCCCUAGGCACAGGUGGGGUGGGGACCGAAGGCCUGGGGGCAGGGCAGAGGAAAGCAAGGACACUGGAAGGCACCUCCCCUGUGCCCACACUGGGCUUGGGGGCCAGAGCUGCCGCCUGCCUGCUGGGCCAGGAGCCCUCUGCCCUUACCUCCCAGGAAACCAGCAGGCCCCGAGGCCAGCUGCUUGGGCCUCACUCGCCUCUCGUUUCUUCUGUGGGUUUCUAAAGCUGCCAGCCGAGACAGCCAAGGCCAAAGGAAGCACAUGCCUCUCUCAGGCCAAACUCACCUGCCCCUCAACUCUCCUUGACAGUCAGAAGUUCCUACCACGGCCUUGCUGAGGCCAAAGAAAAUGGGAAACAGCUCAUAUGGUGCCUCUCCUUCCAUGAGCCCAGACCUCCUGGGCCAUGACCGUGAGACCAGAAACACAAACCCUGGGCACCUUCAGGAUUGUAGUAUGGCUACCAGUGGGAGCUGAAGAUGGCGGAUGGCUACCCUACGUGUCUUGGGCAGAAGGAAGACUUCAUCCCUUAGGGGCUGCUCACAUAGUCUUGGUCUCUUGGACUUGGCAGCGUGUAUGGCAGCCCCCAUCUUGGCAAAAUUGAAGGCAGAGAGCCCCAUAGAAGAAAAGAGGAGUUUGGGGUAUGGGAGAGAAGAAAAUGCACAAAGGCCACCAUUUUGAAUUCUUACGGACGAUGUCCCAAUUGUUCCCAUUCCUCAAGGAGGUCUCCAGGAGUAUAAAGUGGAGGAGUGGUCAGAGCAAAUUUUCUACUUUCUGGCCAGAAGGUAGAGGACCCCCUGAAUCUCUCACAAAGGGUGACCAGAGAUUCAGCCGAUAUUUGAAGCCAGAGGAACAGUGGAUGCCAUGGAAAUCCCAUAGUCCCUUGAGCCACUGGGUCUUAUUUGGCUGGUUACUGAGCUGUUUUCUAAACCCUAGUGGCAUUUGAGAGCUUGGGCUCUUUGCCAUCUACUCAUCAGCAACUCCCCAUUCCUGGCCAGUUGACCUUGACCUCCUUCUGUCACCUUGGAAGGAGAAGAGAAGCCUAGAUUGAAGUGAAAGUCAUGACGCCCCCCCCCCUUAAAAGAGGGGUACAGGUCCUACGGCACAGGCUAACUUUGGGGUAGAUGGGGAAGGCCGGGAGGGCCCUCAAGAACUCUUGGCCUCCUGAACUUGCCAAACAUAAAGAUGCUCCCCAGAAAGGAAAGUUUUCAGGGACAGGGUAUCAGAGCUCAUAGAGGCCCCAAGAGUGGGGAAAGAAAAGCUGUCUCCUGGAGAAUUAACCAAAGACCCCACAUAGAGACACAGGCCACCUAGGCCCCGAUCUCUUGUCCAGAGCAGCUUGGACCUAGUGGGGCUUGGGGGUAUAGCAAAGAAAUAGUAGCAGAUGGGGUACCAGUGAGGGCCGGACCAGAUGACUUGUGGGUUCCAGCUAGGUAGGAUGGAUGUUCUAGAAGUCUGUGACUUUAAGAUUCUGGAAAAAGAAUGAGACAUGGAAGGUUUAGGAGCAAAGUGUCCUUAAAGAGACUAUGACGGGGCCAGCAAAGCUUCCCAUUGCUAAGGGUGAAAGGCAGUCUCGGAACAGGGGAGGGAAGGCUGGAGAUUCCGGAUGGGGACCCAGAAGACACUAUUAUCCCCCUCCCACCUCUCUCCUGUUUCUGCCUGGGGAGUCUGGUUAAGGAAGAGCUACAUUUAGAUCUCAAGGACCUUCUCAGCUGGGGUGAAGAAUCAUCUCUAACUCCCCCCAGGGACUCCCAAAGCAGGAGAGCGCAGUGGGCUCAUGUGAUAAAUAACAUUCCUCCUCCAAACUGUGAGCUGCAGGACCAAACCAGCUGGUUCCCACCCUCCCAGCAGCUCCAACAGGCUGUGUGCUGGGGAGGUGGGAGAAGAGAGCUGGACGCGCAGCAUCGCCAACACACGUAAUGACAGGAGAAGCCAUGCUGUCGUGAGCUCAUGUGUGGGAGUGCGUGUGUGCAUGCAUAUAUGUGUAUCUGUGUGUGUGAGCUCUAGGGGCUGGGGGUGAGGGACGGAUUUGGACAUCAAACAGAGUCCAGGACAUGCAAUAAUAGAACCCUUUAGGUUCUGACGUGUGUGUGCACACAUGUGUGAAUCUGGGAUGAGGGAGACAAAUCUGGACAAGCAGCAGAGCCCCAUACAUGUAAAAACGGGAGAAGCCAUGUCUUGCCGGGGUCCUGGGGAGUACAUACACGUAUAUGUGCAUGCACGAGUGUGUAUGCUUGUGUGUGCCUGGCCUGUGUGUGCAUGCACGCUUGGGUGUACGUUUUGCACCCCUGGCAGAGGGUGGAGGACAGGAUAAAACCCGCAGCGUUGCCAAAUGUUUAAAAGGAGAAGCCAUGUCGUUGAGGGGUCCACAUGUGAGCAAGUGUGCAUCUGUGUGUGUGGGCAUGGGUUUGCAGCGGAGAGCAGGACAGAGGACAGAACCAGAGAGCUUUGUGGUACAGAUCAGUGCAUGUGUGCAAGGAGCCAUGUGGCAUCGGAAUUACUUGGGGGGGCAUGCUCCCACAUGGGUGUGCAGACUCACCCAUGUGUUCCAGCUCACAGCAGGAGCAGAAAUGGACAAUCAGGAAGGCAGGGAAUCAGGGUCUGCUUGCACUUCUGUUGGUAAGGAGAGAUCAUUUGUCACAAGGAUUUGGCGAGACAGUGUGCUUUUGUGUAUGAUGCUCCAUGAGCGAGUCAUGUUCUUCUGAGGCGGCACACGAACACAGGCUGAUGGGGGAAGAAAGAAGUGGCGUGGGUUUGGGAAGAUAUUUCAUCAGCGGAAUGAAGAAUAGUGGCUAUUGGAGGCACAAUUCAUUUAGGGAAAUCCCCCAAAAGGUACUAAAAUGAUUUUUAGACUUGUAAUGAAGGUGGGGUGACAUGCUGCCCAACCCCGCCCCCCACUCAAGCCUUAUGUCCCUGUGUGUGGCUAAUGUUCAAACUCUGGCUGGUGUCCUUGGUUUGCCUUUGAGACCAGCCCAGUGUUCAAAACACAGUGGGGACUGCUUCUGCCCAAGUGGGAGCUAUGUCUCUCCCCAGGUCCCGAAGGUGCUAGCUGGUACUACUACACCGCGUGGGGUGGGGAGGGGAGAAGGUGUUCGCAUCAAGGCGGAUCAAGAGGAAUUAAAGGCGACGUCAACCAUGCCAGCAGGUGCGCACAUGCGCUGCAGAGGGUGUGAGGGGCACGCCCACGCACGGCGGCACCGAGGUUGGCUGUAGAAGCGUCAGAGCUGGUUUCGAUGGAACAGAAGACGGGACUUGCCCCAGCAGGUGCUGGACUGUCCUUGUCGGGCCCCACAUGCCUGCCCUUAACAAGAAUGCCCCCACCUCCCACCCCCAUCUCCCACGCAAAAUGCCAGUGCCUCCUCUCAGCCAGCUCAGACCGGCCAAACUGAGGGGCAGCAGCGAGCAGACCCCCCCCCCCACACACACACACCCCGCCAGUCACCAGGGCCCUGGGGCUUUUGGACCAUGAACCCUCCUCCUGUCACUCCCCUUGACCUCUUACUGGUCUCUGUGCCAUGGACAGAUAAGAAAACCCUGACCGCUUGGUCACCACUCAGGUGGCCCCACUCUGCGAGUGUCUCUCAAGAGGAAUCAUGCUCUCGUGGCGGAUGAGCUGACUCUGAAUCUCUGAAGGGUUGGAGGGCCUCCCCCCACCACCGCCCAGCAAGACUGCCCCAACUAGAAGAGCACAUCCUGGCCCCCUCCCCAGUGCACUUGCAGACAGAGUGAUGGCCCAAGACAGGGGAGGGGUCUGGCGGGGCUGGAUGAAGGUUCCAUGUGGUGAGAAGUCACUCCCCUCCUUAAAGUGGAGGGGAGCAGAAGUCCGAGCCGAGCACUCGCUCGCUGAGAACAGAGGCUCCCUCCCUGCCUUUCCCAGGGCUGCGCUGCGGACGUCCGCAAGCGGCUGCUUCAUCCCUCGGCAUGACGCUGGGCCCUUCCCAAGCCAUUCUCAGCUAUCUGCACAAACAGCUCGAAACUGGCCAAACUCUGGCCCAUGUCUGGACUGAUCCAGUGUGGACAGCCAUCUGGAAGGGCCUUGUGAUCUGGACAAACAGCUGGUUGGGCUUAAACAUCUGGGAUGGGCCCCGCCCUGUGGACAGAUGCAAGGAAUGAGCCCAAUUCUGUCGACAGAUCUUGAGCAGACACAUCUGGAACAGUCUCCCCGACGGGACUGACCCAGCUGGAAGGGUCCCCGCUGCUUGCCAUGGUAGAAGGGCCCUGCCCCGAGUCCCCAUGCCAGUUUGAAUCGAGCUCUCAUUUUUCAAUCCUGGAUUUGCCCUGGAGUUAGAAUUUCAGAGCUAAGGCCAUAUGUGAAGUCACAAAACUGUUUUUGGUAGAGGGUUAAUGUUCUGUACAAUAUAUAUAUGAGUGUAAAAAGAUAUAUAUAUACUGUAUAUAUAUAUACAUAUAUGCACAGUGUAUAUAUGACCUGUAGCCCAUGUGUAUACACGCCCCUCCCUGCACGUCCGCACACAGAGUGUACAUAACCCAGCCAGUACGGGUGGGGACCAGGUGAGGGAUGGGGCGACAGCAGCCAAGUCUGGAAUGGAGGUCACCGGGGGCAGGGGCCCCCUGGGGAUGGGGAAGGCCCUGCAUACAUCAGAGCUCUGGACCGAACCACAGGGGCUGGCAGAUGGGCCUUGCCCAGCCGGUGCCUCCUGGAGAGGGGCAGGAGAGACCCAGGGGCCUUGUCUCCGUCUGAGAGUGUCUGAGCCAGGGCAGCAAGCAAGGCCUGUGUCUGCGGAGUCAUGUCAUGCUGGCACUUGGCCCAGAGACCUGUACUUGUCACAGUGGGCAGAUAGGUGUCGGGCUCCACCUGGAAUAUCCUAAAGGGCUGGAACGUUCUAGGUGGCAGAGGCCUCUGCCUCAGAUUCCCACCCACACACAAAGGCACAGUUCACAGCUAGCGCAAAUGCUUUUUAAAGAGAAUGGCCCCAAAGGCAUUGUCCACAUGCCAGGGCAAUGUCCCUGUGCCCGACUCACUGGCCCUGUCCCCAUCAUCUGCCUUCUAGAACAGAAGACCUCCAACCACCCUGCAGCACGUCUCUAUUUUACAGAUCAAAACUCUGGGGCCUCCAGCUACAGGGCAGCAGCUGUAGUAAUGCCAGCAGGCUUGUCGCACUGCAGACAACCCCCCCCAGGCCCAUCUGACCCAGAGGCUAGCUGUUAGCAAGUGACCGAGGAGCCAGAGAUGUGAAGGGUGCAGUGACGCCAGGGGAAAGAGAAGCCAGCAAGGCCCUCCUGCCCUAGCACAGCCCAAGCCAUCUGUCUGCCUUCCCUCCCCCGCUCCAUCUCCCCCAGCAGGGCAGUGGGCAGGGAGCACCGCCCACCGUACCUGCCGACCGUGGCCCUGCCCCUCCCCGCUCCUCGUGGGCCUCACGAUCCCAGUCCUUUAGCUAGCGGUCCUGCCCCUGUCACAGGCCAGAGCACCUCUGGAAUCUGCAAGGGAGAAGACACCCGGAGUGAGCUUCCGUGUGGUCGGCAGACUGCCUUCUGCUUGGGCCCCAUCUGUCAGGCUGGUGUGCACUUAAUCUGCCUCUGGGCCCCCCCUCCCCCGCCGCCAGAGCACAUCUGAAUCCAACCCCCUUAAGAGGGGCCUGUCCUGGCUCCAGGGGCCCACAUGCCACUGUGCUCCAAACCCCCACCCCAUCUCUGCCUGGGCCUCCCUUGUCGGGGACUUGGGUUCCCAGCCCCAGGGCUGAGCCCCCAGACAGUGCCAUGCGAGACCCUUGGCCUGCCCCACCACCCAGACCAGAGUGCCUGGAUGCCCCCCACUCCCACUCGACAUGGUUCCCACACACUGGUCUCUGGGCCAUUCAGGGGAUGCCCUUUGUGGACAUGCAGAAUUUCUAUGAAUAUAGUUUUUUGUAAACAUUUUGUAACAAUUUGGGUUUCAUAGUAACUGUGUUACUUGCCAAUCAUUCUAGGCUGAUGUAAAUAACUUUCCGAACAAAUCUGAUUAUUUUCCUUUUUAAGACACUGUGAUAUAUCAAAGUGCACAGUUUGC